ACCUGUCUGACUCACCUGCAGCAGCAGGAGGCCGGGCCUGUGCGAGCACGUGGGAGAGUGUGUGUGCGUGCUUGUGAGUGCGUGUCCAAGGCCUGCCCAGCUCAGAGAGAAUUGCCCCCGGGGACAGGGGGAAUGAAGGCGCUGGGCGUGCGUCGCUGGGAGACCGAGACACAGAGAGAAACUGAAAUGUGACACAGAAGCUGCGAGUCCAGAGAAGGGAGCCCAGCAGGUGAUUCUCAGAGACACCUCUCUCCAGACCACAGUGCCUGGAGUUGGAAUUCCACCCAGAACACAGAAUUCCAUAAAAGAUUCCAGUGUACACACCUAGAAUUCCUUUGAAAUCCAACUAGAAAAAAGGGAUAUAACUGCUGACACUGUCUCUUAGCCAUUGAGAAAGGGUUCAUAGCUCCAACAAACACAAAGAGCGCAAACACUGAUUCAGCUCCAUCCUGUCUAGCAUUAGUCACCAUCUGCCAUCUCUAUCUACCAUUAAUCAUUGCUAAAAGAGCAAGCCAGCCUUGAUGCUGAAUAGAGACCACCUGUUACUAAAACUGGAGCUUUUCACGAGCGGUCCUAAGGAGUCACACUUCAGCUGUGUACUACCAGGGGGCAGUGCUGGGUGCUGGGCUGUGAUGGUGGGGACACCCUGAGGGCUACUGCCAUGUCUGAUGUGGUGUGGAGGGGCUCAGACCCAGCGAGGGCAAGCAGAGAGCAGGUUCUGUCCAGGAGAGACAGGCUGCCCCCUCCCCUCCUGGAGGAGGGCUUCUUCCCCUUCUCCUCCCAACCUCGAGAGUCCCUGCUGGUGCCUGGCCUUCCAGGCCUGGCCUCCAGGCUGGACGCCGCCUCACAGGAGGACUCCAGUCCUCACCUGCUGGAGCGGGACCUGAUCCUGGCGGCCGAGGUAGGCCAGGCCCUGCUGGAGAGGAAUGAGCAACUGGGAGCUCAGCUGGAGGAAAAGGAGAGGGAGAUAGAGGGGCUGCAGCAGAAGCGCCACGAGCUGCAGCGGCAGCUGGAGGCCAGCGGCCUGGAGUGGGCCCAGCGUGUGGCGGAGCUGGAGGCCGACCUCGGCGCCCUCCGCGCGGAGCUGGAGCAGCAGCAGAGCCAGGACCGGGAGCGCAGGAGAGAGGGCAGCCAGGAGCUGGGGCAGCUGUCCAGUCACAACCAGAAGCUGGUGGAGCAGCUGGCAGAGGCAGUGAUGGUGGAGCACAGCCUGCGCUCAGAGCUGCGCUCGCUCAGAGAGGAGUACGAGGAGAAGACGCUGAGCUCUUCAGUCAGCACUGCCAGGGUGGAGAAUCUGCAGAAAGAGAACCGCGUGCUGCAGGAGAGGGCCGCCCUUGGGGAGCGGCGGCUAGCGGCCCUGCAGGAGGACCACGUGCGGCUGUGUGCCGAGAGCGCAGGGCUGCGGGACAGAGUCCUGGAGCUGCAGGAGAGGGACCGGGAGCGGGAGAGGGAGCUCGCCCAGGAAAGGAGCGAGGCCUUCGAGCUACAGACUUUGAACCACAGCCUGCAGAGCCGGGUCCAGGCACUGGGGGAGAAGAUCAGCCUGGCGGAGCCCGCCUCCCUGGCCAGGUCGCUGAAGUCCGAGAUCGAGCAGACCCAGGCACAGGACAGCAGCUUUGUCCCAGUGGAGAACCUGAGAGAAAGGGAGGAGGAAAUCCAUCAGCUGAAGGAAGAGCUUGAGUCCAAAGCGAGGGAACUGGAGUCUUUGAGAAAGGAAGUGAAGCAGCUCUCUGAGCAGCCGAGUUACAGUGCUCUAGAAGAGGAUCUGAAUCGUGUCAGAGAAGAGAGAGACUCCCUCAACCAGCAGCUGCUCAACACUAUCCGUCACAAGGUGGCGCUGUCUCAGGAGCUGGAGGCCUGGCAGGAGGACAUGAGUUUGCUCAUCAGCCAACAAGUGCGCUCGCAGUCGCAGGGCGAGGAGGAGAGAGCAAGGGAGAAGAGGGCAUCCAUCAGGCGGAACGCCAGGACCAGCAGGUCUUUCAGGCUGCCGGCGAGGAGAGGCGAGGAAGAGGAGAGAGGGACGGGCAGCUUCUUCUCCUCCCUCUUCAAUAAGAGCUGAGGGAAAAGGGAAGAGGCACCGGGGACCAGAGGACAGAAAAUAAGGGGGAAAAAACAAGGAAAGCGGGGAUGAAAUAAAAGGAAAUGAGAAUGUAAGCAGUAGAAAAUUAUGUUAGAAAGUUAACAGUGCUUCACCAAUGAGCCUCAGAGACUUGUGCUACCCCCAUUUAUUUUCCCCUUCCCCGCAUAGAAACUGUUGCAGCUUGAACCAAGACUACCUAAGCAGUAACCAAACCAGAGAACCUCAAAAAUGGUAGCCACUUGAACAAGGAAAAAAAAAGGUCUUAUCCUGCUGAUUUCAUACUUACAACUUUAGAAUCAGACUAAAAUCCCCGGAUUUGCUUGUUGUGUGGCAGUCUGUUAAACACCUGGGUGAAAUAAGAGAUGGUGUCACGGUUUCUAGGGUACCUUGUGUUAUCAUUGACAAAAGGGAAAAACAACCGAUCCGAGGGGAAAAAAAACACAAGCACCACCUCACAUUCUUCCAAACCCUUGAAAAUAUUUGCACAAUUUAUUAAUAUUAUGGAAGCCAAUGUUAUUUAUCUAAAAAUAUUUUUAUAUGUAGAACAAAGUAUUUUGCAGAUGUAUAGUUAUAUAAGAACUCCAAUGCUCAUGUACAUAUGGCAAAAUCGUCCUCCACUCUCUAUAAAGCUGAAUAAAAU